AUGAAGGCCUUCGCAGCUUCCUCUCUCGCGGCCGCGCUCUAUGCGGCGACAGCCUCCGCCGACGCUAUUCAGGCUUGCCCGAACACUGAUGUUUGCUUCCGCGUUGCUGUCCCGGCGGCUUCGUCCAGUUCCGGCAGCGGCAACAUGUACUUCCAGAUGUCUGCCCCCACCAGCUACCAGUGGAUUUCCCUCGGCACGGGUUCGUCCAUGUCGAACGCCAACAUGUUCCUGAUGUAUGCCGACGGAAACGGCAAUGUUACCAUCAGCCCUCGCACUGCGCGUGGCCACAACAUGCCUACCCUCUCGUCAAGCACCACCCUCGAGCUUCUCAGCGGCUCCGGUAUCGUGAACGGCAACAUGGUCGCCAACGUCCGCUGCACCAACUGCGCGUCCUGGAGCAGUGGUUCCAUGUCCUUGAACUCGGCUUCCAGCUCCUGGAUCGCUGCCUGGAAGUCAGGCAGCGCCAUAAACUCUGCCAGUACCAGCCAGAGCAUCCAGCAGCACGACGAGCAUACCAACUUCAACCUCGACCUGACCCAGGCAACGGUCCAGACCGACAGCAACCCUUUUACGACUAACUCGGGUAAUAGUGGCAAUGGAAGCGGCAGCGGCAGCGGCAGUGGAAGCGGGAAUGGCGGCUCCACCAGCGGCGGCGGCGGUGUUGUAUUUAAUGGAGGCGGCGGUGUUUCGUCCAAGGUCCUCCUCGCCCACGGGAUCAUAAUGACGAUCGUAUUCGUUGCCCUUUACCCCAUCGGAGCCAUUCUCAUGCCCCUCGUGGGUAAGUGGAUGGCUCACGCUGCUUGGCAGUCGGUUGCUUUCUUGCUCAUGUGGGCCGGCUUCGGCACUGGCUACGCUUAUGCUCGCGACAACGGUUAUCUCUUUGCGCAAACCCAUACCCUCUUGGGUACCGUAGUUGUUGCCCUCUUGGCCGUGCAACCAUUCCUCGGAUACGCCCACCACGCCUACUACAAGAAGUUCCAGACCCGCGGUGUCAUUAGCCACGUCCACGUCUGGUUCGGCAGAAUUGUGAUGGUUCUCGGCAUUAUCAACGGUGGUCUCGGUCUCGAGCUCGCUAGCUCAUCUCGGGCCUAUGUCAUUGCGUACUCCGUGGUUGCUGCUAUUCUCGGAGUUGCGUGGAUUGGAUCCGCCGUCUGGGGCGAGAUGCGCAAGUCCAAGCGCAACACCGUCAAGCGCGAGCAGAGCCACGAGUCACCAGAUUCUCAGCAACGCAUCCCCUACCGCCAAAAGAAAUAA